AUGAAUUUUGAUUCUAGUUCUUCUACUUCUAGUGAUGAAAUAUACGAUUCCAUGUUGUUAGAUUUUAUUGAGGAAAAUCGACAACAACAAGUGAUAGAGGAUGCAGUAACAUAUGUUAUUAACACCGAUGUAGAAGAACAAGAAGUUCGUGGUUCACGACGUAAAAAAAUGUCAAGGUGGAUCGUUCCAAGAGAUCGUGAAGGAGCACAUGAUCGGUUAGUUACAGACUACUUUAGUGACCAUCCAUUAUACGGCGAUGAAAAGUUUCGACGUAGGUUUCGUAUGCGAAAACCUCUAUUCAUGAAGAUAGUGAAUACGUUGAGUGCAACUGAUAGAUUUUUUCAACAACAUCCAGAUGCCACAAUGCGACUAGGUGCUUCUGGAAUUCAAAAAUACACUGCAGCAAUGAGAAUGUUAGCAUAUGAAUACCUGCGGAAGCCAAACGCGGAAGAUCUUGUUCGUCUCCUUAAACAAGGGGAAGAAAGGGGUUUUCCUGGCAUGAUGGGGAGCAUCGAUUGUAUGCAUUGGGAGUGA